AUGGGUAAGAAGCAGAAUAACCGUAAAGUUGUGAAGUCACAACGUAAAUCGCAUCGUGAGAAGGAAGAAGAAACAUUAGCCAAAUUACAAGAAAGAAUUGAUGCUUAUGACCCAGUAGUGGAUGAAAAGCUGAUUUCACAGUUUAGUGACCUUCCAAUUUCAGAGGAGACAGCUAGAGGUUUGAAAGAAGCAAGCUUUGCAUCAUUAACAGAUAUUCAGAAGAAAACAAUUCCAAUUUCGUUAAAAGGAGAGGAUGUUAUGGGUACUGCAAAAACCGGGUCAGGUAAGACUCUUGCGUUUUUAAUUCCAACUAUUGAGUCUUUGAUAAGAAAUAAGAUUACUGAAUACGAUGGACUUGCUGCGUUGAUCAUCUCACCAACUAGGGAGUUAGCAGUGCAGAUUUUCGAAGUUUUGGUUAAAAUAGGAAAACAUAACAAUUUUUCUGCUGGUCUUGUUACAGGUGGGAAGGAUGUUAAGUAUGAAAAAGAAAGAGUUUCCAAAAUGAAUAUAUUGGUUGGUACACCAGGUAGAAUAUCUCAGCAUUUGAACGAAUCAGUAGGGAUGGAGACAUCUAAUUUACAGGUAUUAGUCUUGGAUGAGGCCGAUAGAUGUUUGGAUAUGGGAUUUAAGAAACAAAUUGAUAAUAUUUUGGGUCAUUUACCUCCAACUAGACAAACCUUGUUAUUUUCUGCGACACAAUCAGAUAGUGUUAAAGACUUGGCAAGAUUAUCUUUAGCUAAUCCAAAAAGAGUUGGUAUUUCAUCUGACCAAGAAUUGUCUGCUACACCAGAAAGUUUGGAACAAUAUUACAUCAAGAUUCCAUUGGAUGAAAAGCUUGAUGUCUUAUGGUCUUUUAUAAAGUCACAUUUAAAGAGUAAAAUACUUGUAUUUUUUUCUUCGCUGAAACAAGUUCAAUAUGCGUACGAAACGUUCCGUACCUUACAACCAGGUAUAUCGUUAUUAAAAUUAUAUGGCCGUCAUAAACAAACUUCACGUAUGGAAACAACGAUGAAAUUCUCGCAGGCACAACAUGCAUGUCUUUUUGCAACUGAUAUUGUUGCAAGAGGAUUGGAUUUUCCUGCUAUUGACUGGGUUGUUCAAAUUGAUUGCCCUGAAGAUGCGGCAACAUAUGUUCAUAGAGUUGGACGUGCAGCUCGUUUUGGACGUGCUGGUAAGUCACUUAUGAUGUUAUUACCAUCGGAAGAGAAUGGUAUGUUGAAAAGAUUGAACAAUAAUAAAAUUGAGCUCAAAUUUAUGAAUAUCAAGCAAAAGAACAAAAAGACUAUUCGACCACAAUUGCAAUCAUUGUGUUUUCAAGAUCCUAUGAUUAAGAAUUUAGGUCAAAGAGCUUUCAUUUCAUACUUCAGAUCUGUCUAUGUACAAAAAGAUAAGGAUAUUUUCAAAAUUGACGAGUUGCCUUCCGAUAAAUUUGCUAGAUCGUUAGGGUUGCCAGGUGCCCCAAAAAUCAAGUUUAAAGGUGGAUCAGACAAUAAAGAAAAGAAAAACAUGUCAAGACAAUUAGCUGCGUUAUCAAAGUCUAAUAACGAGGGAGAUGUAGUCCCAGAAGAAGAUAAAAAGGUUAGAACCAAGUAUGAUCGUAUGUUUGAAAGAAAGAAUCAAACCAUCUUGUCUGACCAUUAUUUGAAUUUGACUGGUAGUAAGGCUGAUACUGCAGAAAAGAGUGACGACGACGACGAGGAUUUUAUGGCUGUCAAACGUCAAGAUCACGAGUUGAGAGAUGAUGAGUUACCUGAUUUAUCUAUCCCAGUUUCAAAAAGACUGGCCAAGAAAGCGCUCUCUAAAAAGGCUUCUGUUGCAGGUAAAGGAAAUGCUAAUAAAUUGAAGUUUGAUGACGAUGGAGUAGCGCAUGCAAUUUACGAAUUAGAAGAUGAAGAAGAUUUCAAGAAGCAAGGUGAUGCUAGGGUCCAAAAAGAUACAUUUUUGAACAAGGAAACUGAGUUGAUGAACAAUGCAGAUAUUGAAGAUAAAUUGACUGCUAAAGAGAAGAGGCAAGAAAAGAAGAGAAAGAGAAAGGAAAUGGAAAAGAAUAUGAGACAAGAAAGUGACGAUGAAGAUGAGAAUAUUCAAACUGUAGUUUCUAUUGGCGGUGAUGAUAUUGAUUUAGAUCGCGAUUUGGAACAUUCUAGUGCAGAUGAAGACGUUCCAGAACCUAAGAAACCAAAAUGGUUUGACAAUGAUAAGAAUGUCAAUAAGGAUGAAGACGAUGGAGUUGUUGAAUAUGAUGAGCCACAAACAUUAGAAGAUUUGGAAGCAUUGACUUCGAAAUUAUUAGAGCAUUAA